UACCAUUUUUUUUGAAAAUGUGAAUUAUACGCACGGGGAUGUAAGAAAGCUAUACUGAUUAGAUACACGCAUUUUCUAUCGCAGAACCAACAGGGAGCAUCAUGCCGCUUCUAUCAAGACUGUUAAAGUUUGUGUCUUUUGGACUUUUUAUAACAUUUUGUGUAGGAUCUUGUCCUGAUGGAUACUGUCGACAUUCUGGGUACUGUUAUCUCGUGGUUGGUCUCAAUGUCACAUGGAUUGAUGCUAGGAGUUACUGCACUGUGUUAGGUGGACAACUGCUCUCACUGGAAUCAGUAGCCACACAAAAAGCAGCAGAAGGAGCACUGCGCCGUUCUAAAGGACUAGUUUUCCCAGGGAAAUUCUGGUUAGAUAUAAAUGACUUGCUGAACCCAAAGGAUUGGAAAAGAAUGCGAGAUCGCAGAUCCAUAGAUUAUGAAAACUGGCGUUUGGAUUCUGUUUCAACCGAAAACGCAACCUCAGUUCAAAAUUGUGUCUGCAUGUCCGAAGAGCAAGAUUAUCGCUGGUCGCCUGUUGCGUGUAAUGAAAAAAUGAAUUUUGUCUGCUAUGCAUCCGGGUAAGGCAUAAGGACAAAAGUUAGAAAGUAUUCCGGAUACCGGGGUUACUACUACGACUAUGAUUCUUCUGAAGAAGACAGUGAUGAUGAAGAGUGUUAAAAGCACGUUCAUGUUUACAUGGAGUAUAACUGGUUUGGACAGAUAUUUUAUGUUCUACAGUAUAUUUCAUACCUUGAUUUAGGCCCACUUCUUCUGUCAUAUGAUUAAUAUAAAGAAUACAAAGUAUAUAAAAGCA